AUUUUAUAUGACUUUUCUUCUAGAAACGUCCUUUUUUCAGAAUUUUAGUCGUUUUCACUUCCCAUUUCUGGGAAACUUCCUCCGUCUAAUCUCUUCCGUACACACUCAUCAUAUAUAUAUAGAAAGCUGUACGUGUGUAACGUCUAUAGACGAUAAAGAUUGAACCUUUCUCUAAAGUCUUAUCAGAUUAUUUCUACCCAUUUCACCAAUAUAACCACAUUAAAAAAGGUCCAAAAACUACCCUUCUUGAAUUCUUUAUCAGAAGAAACAGAGACAAAUCUAUGGAUUGUACUUCUUCAUUCAUAAGCACAAACGAUCUCCGAAGAAUGUUCAAGCAGCUCGACAAGAACCAAGACGGGCUUGUGACUCUCGACGAACUCUGUUGGAUUCUUGAGAAACUCGGUUGGGCAGAACACACUCAGAACGAUCUUGAACUGAUCGUAGGAAAACAGAGCCUCGAUCUAGACGAGUUCCUUCGAUUCUACCACGACACCGUUUUAGCUAGCAAAGGAACGAAUACCAAUAAUGAUGUUGUUGUUGUUGAUGAUGAUGAAGCGAUCGUGAGGGCGUUUAAUGUGUUCGAUGUGAACGGAGAUGGUUAUAUAUCUGCGGAGGAGCUUCGUGAUGUGUUGGAACGACUAGGGUUUGAAGAGGAGGCCAAGGCGUGGGAUUGUGGGAGAAUGAUUCGAGUUCAUGACAAGAAUCUUGAUGGUUUUGUUGACUUUGAAGAAUUCAAGAACAUGAUCUUACAUGUCUAAUAAUAUAUAUGAUAAUACAUACACAUGUAACAUGUGUGUGUGUGUGUGUGUGUGUGUGUGUGUGUGUGUGUACAGUGUAUAGUCAGUCUAUCAUCUUCCAUGUUUUAUGAGUUAUGCGUAAAAACUGUGAAGUAUGUAUAAUUUUGUGAUGUGCUAAUGUGUAAACUAUGUAUUUUACUGCGAGCAACUUUUGGUAA